UCCCAAUUCAAACACAACACUAGGAGACCAUCCUCACAAAAACUAGAAGCCAUGAAUACAGCAACGCCCCGUAUUGCUUCCGCCAUUGCGCGCGCCUCACGCUCUGCCGCAGCAAAGCAAUCUCCUUCCCAGCUUCGCCCUCUCGGGUCCCGUAUCCAGAGCAUCCGCAUACCUACAUCAAUCCCGCAGUCGCGCCUCUUCAGCAUCGCAGUAGCACGCCGCGACAGCUCAAAAACCGCACCAGCUCCCGGGACAUCCUCUCCCGCCCCAUCAAAAGCACCAAGCAAAAUCUACAGCUUCGAGGAGGUCCGCACCCACGCCCAAAACCCAACCCCCACCUCCCCCAUCCUCAUCGACGUCCGCGAACCCGGCGAGCUCCACACCACAGGCCGCAUCCCCACCUCCGUCAACCUCCCCCUCUCCUCGUGCCCCGACGCCUUCUUCCUCCCCGCCGACGAGUUCGAGGAGCGCUUUGGCUUCGAGAAGCCGAGAGAAGGGAGGGGGGUGGUUUUUUACUGUAAGGCGGGUGUGAGGAGUCGCGCGGCGGCGGCGUUGGCGAGGGAGGGGGGGUGGGGGCCGGUGGGGGAGUUUCCGGGGAGUUGGUUGGAGUGGGAGGGGAGGGGGGGGGAGGUCGAGAGGUAA